UGCGAUGCAGAACACGUUCUUGUGCAACCCUGGCGCUGUCAGCUCCGAAGAAAGAGAAAUGGCAAGCAGAGGAACAGUGUUUGUAACUGGAGGGACUGGCUACAUUGGUUCCCAUUGCAUCAUUGACCUGUUGAAUGAGGGCUACCAGGUCAUUACCAUUGACAACCUCACCAAUAGCAGGUCAGGUGCAUUGACCAGAGUGCAGGAGAUUACGGGAAAGCCUGUUACCUUCUACCAGUGUGACCUGCUGGAUGGUGAGGCAGUCAAUAAGAUAUUUUCAAAGCAUAAGAUUGAUUAUGUCAUCCACUUUGCUGCCAUGAAAGCUGUUGGAGAGUCAAUGCAGUUCCCACUUAUUUAUUACAAGAACAAUGUCAUUGGAACCAUCAAUUUGAUUGAGGCCAUGAAAGCAAACAACGUGUACCAGCUGGUCUUUUCGUCUUCAUGUACUGUAUAUGGAGACCCAGAACACCUUCCCAUCACUGAAGAUCAUCCAACUGGAAAUGUAACAAAUGUAUAUGGACGCACAAAGUAUCUGAUUGAGGAAAUGUUGAAAGAUCUGUCUAAGGCAGAGGAGAAAUGGAAUAUCAUUGCUUUACGAUAUUUCAAUCCUGUUGGUGCACAUCCUUCUGGUCGACUGGGGGAAGAUCCAACUAAAAACUUCACAAAUCUCAUGCCUUACAUUGGUCAAGUUGCUAUUGGGAAAAAGCCAAGUUUGACCAUUUUUGGCAAUGACUAUGACACAGUUGAUGGCACAGGUGUACGAGACUACAUCCACGUAAUGGAUUUGGCAUCAGGUCAUGUUGCUGCUCUCUCCAAGCUUGACAAAGAACACCUGAGAUAUAAAACAUACAACCUUGGCACAGGCAAGGGCGUUUCUGUGUUGCAACUCGUGAAGGCUUUUGAGGCCAUGACUGACACUAAAGUCUCUUAUGAGCUGAAACCACGACGAGAAGGAGAUAUUGUAUCCAUGUUUGCCAACUCUGCACUUGCCAAGGAAGAGCUUGGCUGGACAGCCAAGUACUCCCUUGAGAACAUGU